AGACAAACAGCGGCUGCUGGGCUCAGACUGAGGCUGCUGAUUGGUUGAGCUGCUCACAUCAGAUCUUGAUAACUCUAUCGAAGCCUUCCUCUCAUUAAAACUACUUUUUUUGUUGUAUUAUUAUUACAUUAUUCUCGUAAUAUUGCAACUUUAUUCUCGCAACAUUACGACUUUAUUCUCCUAAUAUUAUGACUUUAUUCUCGUAAUCCCCCCCCCAAAAAAAGUAGUGCAGCACUGUAUCCCGUGUUGCAAUAACAGAAACGACGUGAACAAAACGAUCUCUAAAAGAGAAGAAGAGAUGGCUGAAGUUGAUACGGCCCUCUUCCACCCUUUCCCUGUUAGACUUCCACCUGACAUUGAACCAACUGUUAUUCUCUGUUUGAAUCAUAGAGUUUGUGAACAGACUUUGGGAUGUCAGUAAGUAGGCUGUCGCUGUAUAAUAGGUGACCGCUUCCUGUGCUGGAGCCAUUGUUGUUUACGUGACCUACAAAUGCUAAUGGCCACGGAAGUGAUUCCUAACGAUUCCUUACGUCACACUAGCCCUCCCCAUGACUGAUUAAAGUGGGCGUGGCUUAGACAGUCCCAGUGUCUCUUCUUCUUCGGUGGUGGUUCCGUGACUUCCUGCAGAUGUCACAGUGUUUUGUGUCACUGAGGAAGAUGAAGGUCACCGACUCGCUCCUCAGUCGAAACGAGAAAGGUCACAUCUUCAUCUUCGUCUUCAUCGCUCGCCUGCGACAAACACAAUCAUCAUCUUCAUCUUCAUCUUCAUCACCACCCCCCCGACACUCACUCUGGUAUAUAAAGUGGAAACAGCUCCAGAGUUUGUUUGUACGCAGAGAGACACACAGCUGGAAGACAGACAGGCAGACGGACAGACAGACAGACAGACAGACAGACAGACAGACAGACAGGCAGACAGACAGGCAGACAGACAGGCAGCAGCUGUGCAGGACGUCCAGGAGCGGAGAUGAAGCUGAACGUGUUGAUGUGGCUCGCCGCUCUCCUCGCUGUCUUCCUCCCUCACCCCGCUGACUGUCGACCUGAUGACGCUCCCGCCAGCCGCCGUCCGCUCCUCCCCCGACCGCUGCUCCUCCACCUGGGGGAGGAGUUCUCCCUGCGGCUGGGUGGAGGUGUAGGAUCCUCCUCUGCUGCUCCUGCCCUCCUCUCCUCCUCCACCACCUCCUCCUCCUCUUCAUCGUCCUCUGCGGUGAACCGGGCCCUGCUGCAGCUCACACAGCGCCUCCUGCAGGCUCGGGCGGAGCAGCAGGAGGAAGAGGAGGGGGAAGAGGAGGAGAAGGGGAAGAGGUCCGACGAGCCUCCCAUCUCUCUGGAUCUGACCUUCCACCUCCUCAGGGAGGUGCUGGAGAUGGCGCGGGCGGAGCAGAUCGCCCAGCAGGCCGACAGCAACCGCAGGAUGAUGGACGCCUUCGGGAAAUAAACGAACCACUUCCACUUCAGACCCCUCCCACUUACAAACAGACUCCUCCCACUUACAAACAGACCCCUCCCACUUACAAACAGACUCCUCCCACUUACAAACAGACUCCUCCCACUUACAAACAGACCCCUCCCACCUACUGAAGAAGAACUCAUUGAUUGCCACAGAUAUAUUAUUCAGUGAUUAAUUAUUAUUAUUACCUUUUUAUAGUAUCUUGAUUUCUCUUCAUAUGUAAUCUAUUACCCUACAACCCGCUGUUGUCCACAGGGGGCGCCACAAUCAACACAAACACAUAACAGGACAAAAGGUAUUCAUGUUGUCUGUUGACCUGUUUACAGCUGAGGUCAGGUUGUCAGUAAGGGGAGCUCUGAUUGGUUGUCAGUAAGGGGAGCUCUGAUUGGUUGUCAGUAAGGGGAGCUCUG